AUGGAAGUUUACACAAAUGGAGCCAAUAAAGUGAUCCAAGACUUGACCACUUUAGGAGUUGAUGCUGAAGAAUGUACAAGUAUUGUGUACGAGGUGAAGGCAUGCCAGGACCAUGGACUCAGCCUCCUAGACACCACCGGUGCAGAGCUCGUUGAAUAUUUGAUUGGUGGUUGGUACAAUGGUAGAUCCAGACUAGUUAUCAGGCCAACUAAUGGAUACAGGGAAUAUGGUACAGCCUCCAUCCUGCACUGUGACGAAUACAGAUGGUUCUGGGCAUAUUGGGGCAAUGGAAACGUUUCUUAUGGAAAAGGCAAAACGAUUGGAGUCAACAAAGUCUUCGAUGUAACAGACCCGACAGGUGGCUCUGUCAAACGAUUAGGCCUGAAGAGUUUCAAUGGAACCCCUCAUCGAAUCCGUUUAGGAGAAACAUGCAAAGGAGAUUUUCGCAGUGUCUCAGGCAAGUGGACCAACGGUCUCAUCGAAGACAAAUCUAACACAGACUAUCUAACCUGUGCCAGAGGGUGCUUUCUACACCCUCAGUGUGGGAUGUUCAGUCACAGGAACAGUCAAGAAAGAUGUACACUGUUCGACAGGACGACCUCAUCUUUCACGCUGAUUUCCGACUCUGACUGGAAGUCGUGGAAAAUGCGAUAUUGCAAUCCUUAAAUUCGUCUGACUGUAAUGCUUCACAUUUCGGGGUGGUUUGUGGGGGGUAGGGCAGUGUCAGUCACCCAUGAUCCUGGAUGGAUGGAAAUACAGUGACAUGUAUUACAGGUAAAUCCUUUGCACAAGUUGUUAAUUUUGGCGAGAUCAGUUCUACUUCACCAACAAAUAGCACCUCCUGCCUUUCUUUGUUAUGACUUAUGAAUGACAUGGUUUGCAAUGGCCGAGUCUAUGAAACAACUGUCUUCUGUCAUCUACUUCUUCAGAUAGACAGAAGCGUGGUUAAAUGAAAGGAGAACAAGAGUUUGCCACCAAUAUGGCAAUGUCCCCCACCGCUAAAAAGAAUGAAAUAUUUAUAACAUAUUUACUAGUUUUUCCUUUUUGGUCACAUACAAGAUUCCUAUAAAGACUGGUGUCUGCAUAUGUAGGCUGUCGACAUAAAUGAAGACAUUGAGUGCUAUGUUUUAUGAGAUAUCGCGUUAACAAGUGUCUGAAAAGUGUUAGAGGUGUCGUGGUGAGCUUGAAGAUAAGGUCAAGGUCACCCAAAUCGACUGGUGUCUGCGUCAUGCCCCAAUGUAGGUUGUCACCAACCAUGAAGACAUGGGGUCCCAAAGUUCAUGAGAUAUCGCGUUAACAAAUGUCUGAAAAGUGGUCAAAGUGUUGUGGUGACCUUGAAGAUAAAGUCAAGGUCACCCAAGUCAACUGGUAUCUGUGUAUUCCCCCAGUGUCACCAAAUUUGAAGAUAUUGGGAACAACAGGUCAUGAGAUACCGCGUUAACAAGAAUCGGGGCGUACGUACGUACGGACGGACGCUGCUGAAUACAAAGUCCC